UUGGUUGGCUCUGCGCCGCUCUUGCGCCGACCGGACUCCGCGCCCGCCGCGGCUUCUCCCCGAAUCCCACCGACUGACAGCCAAGGACUGCCCCGCCGCCUCGCGCCGCGUCGCGUCCACGCUACGCUGAUCCGUUGGCAGAGUGAAGUAGGCCGUUUCUGGCGGCGGGGAAGGGGGUCCUUCGGAGCAACAGCGAGCCCCCCACCCUAAACCCUAGGCACGACUCGCGCCGGCCAAGCGCCGUCCCCGGGUCGCCCCCCUUCGGCGGCGAUGAACCGGCGGCCGGAGCUCUGCAGGAACUACCAGCGCGGCAGCUGCAAGUACGGGGCGCAGUGCAGGUUCGUGCACGCCAACUCCAACCAACAGCAGCAGCAGCAGCAGCCGCAGGCGAAGCCCAACCCCUUCGGGUUCGGCGCCGGGGGCAGGCAGCAGCCGCCGCCGCAGCCGUUCGGUGCGCAGUCCCAGCAGUUUCAGCAGCAGCAGCAGAAGCCCAAUCCGUUCGGGUUCGGAGUGCAAGGCGGCGCCGCCCAGCAGCGGAACGAUCCUGGCCCGGCAAAGCCUUUUCAAAAUAAGUGGGUGAGGGAUCCCUCAGCGGCGCCGACGAAGCAAGCGGAGGCGCAGCCAGCACCGCAGGCGGCCCACACAUCCUGUGCAGACCCUGAGUCCUGCAGGCAACAGAUAUCUGAUGACUUCAAGAAUGAGGCUCCCCUGUGGAAGCUUACUUGUUAUGCUCAUCUCAGAAGUGGUCCUUGUGACAUUACGGGGGAUAUUAGCUAUGAGGAGCUGAGAGCUAAAGCAUACGAAGAGGGCAAACAAGGGAAGCCUAUGCAGUCAAUAGUUGAAGGAGAAAGAAAUCUACAAAAUGCAAAGUUGACAGAGUUCACUAAUUUGCUGAACAAGGCACGUGCAACACCAAGCUUUCCUACUGCAGGCUCCUUCCCAGAAGUGAAAAAUAACUCAACCUUUGGGAGUUCUCAAACUAAUGGACCACCUGUGUUUAGUAGUUUCAAUCAACUUGGAGCAGCAACAAAUUUUGGAUCUGGGCCAAGAACUGCCGCACCAGGAGUUCCAAUGAAUACCAUUUUCGGUCAGCCUACACAGUCUACUCCAUCGUUUGGUGCCCCUGCUUUUGGCAGUACUGGAAUGAGAUUUGGAGUUCCAGUUGGGAGCCAGACAUCAAAGCAAUCAUUUGGGAGUUACCAAGGCUCGAGCAUGUCCAGCAACAGCAAUUUUCAGAACUCUACUUCGUCUGGCCAUCACAGAGACAUUGAUAAGCAGUCAGUGGAGUUACUUAAUGGGAUGACACCUCGUACAAGUGCCAUGGACCAGGCACCUGUUGAAGCCAGUAAAAACGAAAAGCAGGAUGAUAGCAUUUGGCUGAAGGAAAAAUGGGAAAUUGGACAGAUACCGCUGGAUGAACCGCCAGCGAGGCAUGUUAGCCAUGUAUUUUAAGAAGUAGAGGAAUUUUGCAUUGUGGAGGCAUGAUCCAGUCAGUGCCCUUUAAGUGGUCUCUUUCUAUGUAGUUGAGGUGGCAUCAAAGUCGUCUCCUCAUGAGCUUGGUGAUGAUACGGCGAAGCAAGCUGGAGAGUGUACAACAAUGUAGAUGAAGGCAGGUCGAUUCGAUGCGGUGCUGGCACCACUUACUUUUGCUUUGCCCCCGUCUACAGAAGGAAACCAGAGGUAGAAACUAUAGAAAGCAAACAGUUGAGCAGUCUCAGCUGCAUGCAGUACAUCAUGUGUUUUUUACAUGCCUUAUUCAUGAAGUGAUAUGCGGAGGAACCAAAGUAAUCCGGAACUGAUUCUAGCCGAACAAAAAAGAAAAAGAGUGAGAAGUAAACCAACA